AAUUCCUCGUCUUCUGCAAGCUGUUUCCUAUCAAUCGCCUGGAGAAAAAAACUUUAACUAUUGCACCUAUCUGUUUAGUCUUGUCUUAGAAGAUAUCCUAAAUGGUAAUUCUCCGUAAAGACAACAGUGUGCCAAGCAGGAAAGGAAACUGAACACUUCUUCAAGGAUAACUUCAGGAUUUGAUCUCUGAAGCUCCAGGAUGAAGGGGUUAGAUGUGCUACUGUCCGUGGUCACCACUGUGGCAAUGAUCACGUCACAAGUCUGCGCGGAGGGUGUUACCUAUCGCGUGACACUUUCAUACCGCAUGAGGGCGGGCAAGACGUUGCCAGUCAGUGUCCACCUGUUGCGUGAUGGAGACGUGGCGACUGUGACUGUCACGCUGGUCAACGUGGUCAGCAAAGCUGUUAUAGCAUCAGCUCCAUCGCAACAAGUGCGAGGAGGAGAGACACCGUACGUCUUUAAACUGCCGGUGCCUGCAGAUGUUAAAAACCAGGCAGGAACGUCCAGUUCAUCGUAUGAAGUGCGUGUGAAGGCCAUUGGGGAUGUCAACUUUGACAGAACGGCGGCAAUGACUCUGGAAGAGAAAAGCUUUUCAAUAUUUGUGCAGACAGAUAAGGCAAUUUACAAACCGGGCCAAACAGUCAUGAUAAGAGCGCUAGCCAUGAACCCUGACCUAACCCUACUUAAUUCUGCAAUGGACAUACUGAUUAAGGACCCAGCAGGGAACGUCAUUCGUCAGUGGAAAAAUAUCAAGGGAGGUAACACAGGUGUGGUGGAGCUCAGCAUGCCGACCUCCACAAAACCUCCCUUGGGUAACUGGGCCAUCGACGUCAGCACUCAAGGACACAAGGAAGUAAUCUAUUUCUCGAUAGAAAAAUAUGACUUGCCGAAGUUUGAAACCAUUCUAGAGGUGCCAAAGAAGGUAUUAACAUCUGACGGCAUCAAAGGGAUAGCCAGCGCCAAGUACACGUUUGGAAAGCCAGUGGCAGGAGCUGAUGUAAAUGUUGUCAUCAAGUUGAACGACUACCUCUCAGGCUUGCCAAGAAUGAAAACAUUUUCUGGAAAGCUGAACGGAAAAGGCCAGUUUGAGUUUCAAAUCACCAACCAAGAGAUUAUAGCUCUGUCAAACCCUGGGGUAAACAAAAAAGCUGAGGUGAUUGCCACUGUGACAGAUGAAUCAACCAGACACAGAAUAGAGACAAACGCUGAUAUUGACUUUGAGGAAAAGGAAGUACAACUGGCAUUUCUUCCCAUCUCACCUGACACAUUCAAACCAGGUCUUCCCAGUUCAGCAUACCUGAGUGUAACAAAAUACGACGGAACCCUGCUUUCGACGAAAGAAUCUAUCGCAGUACAGUUCGAAAUAAAUACAAAAGCUGGUUUAAAAACUAUUAAUAAAAAGUAUUAUCCAUCCGCGACAGGACUACUUCGCGUUGACCAAACGCUUCCAAAAGAAGCUGAAAGCGUAACUAUAAAGGCAACAUCGAAAGGUGUCACAUUAACCAGGACUCUUCAGAAAGCCUUCUCACCUAGCGACAACUUCAUCAAAGUUACGAUGUAUUCUAAAGUAAGCCCAAAGGUUGGAGAGAGCAUUGAGUUUUCUGCGUUCACCACUGAGAAAGUUACCGUAAUAACUUACCAGGUAUACGCAAAAGGAGUGAUGGUGGAUGAAUCUGCAGUUUUCUCAAAUAACGAGGAAGGCGACGAACUGUUUAUAAUAUCAAUUGAAGCUGACGAUGUCCUGGCACCAAGUGCUCGUCUAGUGGUCUUUUAUUUCCGGGAAGAUGGAGAAGUGGUAGCUGACAGCAUAUCGUUCAAAGUCGAAGGAUUCUCUGAAAAUCCCGUCAGUGUAACAUACUCUAAAGACAAGGUGAAGGCUGGAGAGGACGUGACUCUAGUCAUCAGCGCCAAACCAGGUUCCUCUGUUUUCCUGCUGGGUGUAGACAAAAGUGUCAGGAUCCUUGAAGAUGGGAACGACAUCACACAGGAAAAAGUCACAGAAGAAUUGGCUUCUUAUGACUACGUCAGUGGGACUAGCGGGUUGUGGCAGUAUGUCGCCAGCAGUGGCUGGCCCUACUCCAUUCAAGGAUCUGAUGCUAAAAGUCUUUUUAAAAAUGCUGAAAUCCAUAUUCUGACCGACGGCGACCUAAGCGACAAAACGGCAAGCUUGACUACGGCUAAUACAUAUAACAGAAUUGGGGCGGAAUAUUUGUGCCGAUCAAAGGACUGCAUAUCGGAAUCCUAUCUGAGACAAAUCAUCCAAGGUCCAGCUCCAGUUCCAGUUCCAGUUCCAGCUCCAACUCCAGCUCCAGCUUCAGCUUUAGCUUUCGAGGAAGUAUUCGUUCCAGUGGAGAAGAUCCGAUCCUUCUUUCCUGAACGAUGGCUGUGGAGUAUGAUCACCAUUGGGUCCAACGGAAUUUUUCUUAAACAGGAGACUGCUCCGGACACCAUCACGACCUGGGUGACCACAGCGUUCGCAGUUCACCUGCAGUACGGACUCUCUGUCCUCCCUCAGGCAGUAGAGCUGACCACGUUUCAAGACCUGUUUGUCACCUUGGACUUGCCGUAUUCCGUGAUACGUGGAGAGGAUAUCUGCCUAAGGUCCUUCGCCUUCAACUAUCAGGACACACCUCUACAGAUGCGAAUGACCCUGGGUCAGGCAGACGGCAUAAACAACGUUGUGGUGGAGCCAUCACCUGGUAACCCUAGCAACCUUGUAGAGACUCGUCGCUCAGUUAGUGUGACCCAAGACCUCGGUCUUGUGGAAUCUAGCACAGUGCAAGAAGUGGAGUUUUGCUUUACACCUACAAAACUAGGGGAGAUACCCAUCCGUAUCAACCUUACAUCUUCUGUUCCUGGCGACGGGGUAGAGUACAAACUGCUGGUGGAGCCCGAGGGAUCCCGUCAAGUACAGACAGUCACUGUUUUGCUUGAAGCCAGACCCAACAUAGUGUUCACGAGAUCUGUUCCAUUGAACUUCCCAUCCACAGCAGUUCAGGGGUCACAGGUCAUCACCGUCAAAAUCUCUGGGAACCUCCUGGUAUCUAUAAUCGCAAACUUGAACGAUCUUCUUCGCUUGCCUUAUGGAUGUGGAGAACAAAACAUGAUCUUCUUCGCUCCCAACGUCUUCCUCAUCAACUACUUGCAGCGCACGAACACAUACACUCCGGCCCUCGCACACAAUGCUGAAAUGUUCAUGUUAACAGGAUAUCAACGAGAAAUCACAUUCCAACACACUGACGGCUCGUUUAGUGCCUUCGGAAACAGGGACAGCUCUGGGAGCAUGUGGUUGACUGCCUUCGUUACAAAGUGCUUUGUCCAGGCUGUUGCACUCAAAAAUACAGUUGUUACUAUUGAUCCUAAGACGAUCAUAUCAUCAAUAAAGUGGAUGAUAGCUCGGCAAGACAGAAAUGGCCCGUUUCCAGAGCCAGGUAAUGUCAUCCACAAGGAAAUACAGGGAGGAUCUGCGGAGGGUGACGCAUUGACGGCUUUCGUACUCAUCUCUCUAGCCGAGGCGAGCAAUAAAUUUGAGGAUUUGAGUCCGGCGGAUCAACAGAGCUUGCAGAAUGCUAUCACCAAAGCUCGUAUGUACUUGGAGCGAAGACUGAAGGACCUCUCUGACUCCUAUGACCUCGCCAUUGUAACCUAUGCAUUCCAUCUAGUUGGCAGCAGCAUGAAGGACGCCGCGUUUCAGAAACUGCUACAGAAGGCGAUAACAAGUGGAGAUAAAAAACACUGGGAAAGACAUGCGCAGUCCACCGCGCUAAAUAUAGAGAUGACGUCAUACACUCUGCUGACGUACGUUUUGCGCGGUGACGUACAGGGCGGGCUGCCCAUCCUGCGCUGGCUGCUGCAGCUGCGUGGUCCCAACGGUGGCUUUCAGUCUACUCAGGACACAGUUGUCGGUCUUCAGGCGUUGGCAGAAAUGGCUGCAGCGAACCACAAUCCAGUGGCAGUACCUUUCAGGGUCACCGUUAGCUGGACGGUCAGGAGGUCAGGCGUUCAGUAGACAAGUGACCAUCGACGACUCAAAUAAGCUCUUGCUUCAAACCGUUGACAUUACUUUAGUGAAUGGCAACAUUCCAUCUGAAGUACAGAUUUCAGCCUCAACCAGUGGCACAUUCACCGGCUUCCCAGAGGCAAAAGUUGUCAUGGAAUACAACGUCGACAAGUCUACGACUUCUGAGACCUACCAGGUGACCUACCAGGUCAUCAAAGUCACCGAGAAAGUUUACACUGUAGUCGUAGAGGCGAAGCGUGUGGAUGGCGAGGUGGGAG